UGGAGUCGUGACGUCGUCGACUACCAUCGAUACUAUAGAUCUCCGGCGGUGCGAUUACAGAACAAAUGUUCAACAACGGUAUAUCGAUUCCGGUGGCGGACGACCAUCCUGAUGAAUUUGGAGGCAAGUUGCGGUCCCGACCACGACGAAAACGCCGGAAAUCGGAGUUCCGAGGGAAAAGCGAGUUAGCCAACCGAACUUGCAAGCAACUAACGAGAUGGUGGCCGAUAUUGGUCCUUGUUGCUGCAGUACUACUACUCAUUUUUGAGACUUCUAAACUUGGCUGGAAAUCAAGUGCGGUCAAAUCAGAACUUGGUAUUCAUGAUAAGAAACCUAAUGUAGUAGUCUCUUCGGCUAAGAAACCGGAGGGGAAUUUGAAUCGUCUAGAUGCUCCACGUUGCUUGAAGCUCCUACCUCCUGAAGAACUUCAACAACUGGAUUUCCCGCUGAAUAAAGAUUCAUUUGUUCCUAUCAAGAAAGUGAUAUAUUUGUCGGAGAGUGAUACACCUUAUGAUACAAAUUCUCAACAGGAGAUGGGGACCACAAGGUUUAAUCUAUUUACUGGUUACCAAACUCUUAAUCAGAGAGAGAAAAGUUUUAAGGUGAAUGAAACUGCAUCUGUACACUGUGGUUUUUACAGUGAGAGUGGAGGUUUUACAAUAUCAAAUGAAGACAAAAGUUAUAUGCAAACUUGCAAAAGUGUAGUUUCUACUUGUGCAUUUGGUGGUGGAGACGAUCUUUAUCAGCCUAUUGGGAUGUCAGAUGCAUCACUUCAGAAGGUCUGCUAUGUAGCAUUUUGGGAUGAAAUAACUCUUGCAACACAGGAAGCACAGGGACAUAAAAUUGAUGAGGAACGUUUUAUUGGCAAGUGGCGCAUUGUCGUUGUCAGAAAUCUUCCCUUCAGAGAUCAAAGGUUGAAUGGAAAAAUCCCAAAGAUGCUGGCACAUCGUCUAUUUCCUCAUGCAAAAUAUUCCAUAUGGGUGGACUCAAAGUCCCAGUUCAGGAGAGACCCAUUGGGAGUCCUGGAGGCACUUCUAUGGCGUUCAAACUUUGUGCUUGCAAUUUCUGAACAUGGAGCCCGUAGCAGUGUGUAUGAUGAGGCAAAGGCUGUUGUCAAGAAAAACAAAGCCACCCCAGAAGAAGUGGAACUACAAAUUACUCAAUAUCGCCAUGAUGGCCUCCCUGAAGAUAAGAGAGUUAAUGGCAAGAAAGCUCUAAAUGAGGCUUCGGUGAUUGUGAGGGAACAUACUCCAGUAACUAACUUAUUCAUGUGCCUCUGGUUCAAUGAGGUCGUUCGUUUUACCUCCCGGGAUCAGCUUAGUUUUCCAUACGUUGUUUGGCGACUGAAGGUAUUAAAGAACAUAAAUAUGUUUCCAGUUUGCACCAGGAAAGAUCUUGUGAAUAGCAUGGGGCAUAUACGCAAGGCCAAGCCUUUAGGUUUAUAGAACCCGCUCAUCUCUGUGUUAUAGUAUUUGUCGGAUACGCCUGUGCAAAAAGCUGAUUUUAGUAUUUAUUAUUUGUAUAAUCGUACGUAGGUGGUUUAGAUAUCUUUUUGCCCUUUUCAUUGUAACCUCCAUAAUUGAUUUGAGAGCUCAUAUUUUUUGAUGGUGUUCCUUGUACAUCUUAGACUCAUUGUUGAUUGA